AUGCUGCCUGGCAAGACCCUGCGGAAAACUACGCCACCAGCCUCUCCUGCAGGUACCGGAGUGUGAAGUGAGAGGGAGGCGGCGGCCGAGUGCGCCCAGGAGCUGCUCCGCAUCGGCGACAGGUGGGACCUGCGGCAGAGGAUCCUGAACCUGCUCAGCAAGCUGUUCUGCCCGGAGAUUUGGGCUGCCCGCGGGCAUGGCGCGCGAAACGGCAGGGGAUGA